CAGUUAUUGAUGACGCAAAAAAUGUCCGUAUGUAGCACGUGAAAAUUAACAAUUUCCAAUUGUACAGAAAAACAGUCCAGUUAUGCUUCUGGAGAAGAAAACAUAUGCUUGACAGGACUUGUUGAAGACAGCAGUAUAGAUUCUAAUGUUGAUAUAAAUGAUAUUGUUGAUGACAAAAUGGCAAACGAAGUUGUAGCUGCUGAUGCACAUGAGGAUAUUCACUAUGAGUACAUAUGGCUGUCUGAUGAUGAAGUUGUUUCUGAAACUGUAAACAGUACAAUAGUUGAAAGUGUUAUUGACAAUAGAACAAUACAAGAGAAUGAAAGCCUUGGAAAGGGUGAUGAUGAAUGUGAGAAAGGUGAUAAAAAAGAAUUUGAAAAAGAAAGUAAUGACAUUGAUAUAAUGAGUCAUUUGCAAGAGGAACCUCUAAGUAAGAAAGAAAGUGACAAAACUGAUAAAACUAAUGUUCAGGAUACAAAACUGAGAACAUGUAAUAUUCAAGCUAUAAGUUCAAGUGUGAUUGGAAUGGUUACAGAAGGGUCAGAUUUAAAAGAGUGUAUUAGUGGUAACAUAAAAGCAAGUGAUUGUGGUAGGACUGGAAAUGAAAAAUUUAGAGAUGCUGUGAGAAACAAUUUUACUAAAAGCAACAAUGGUAACUUUGUUUCACUUCUAAAUGUGAGUGAUCUACCAUUUGAAAAACUUGAAUCUCAUAAAACUUUUAAAGAUGAAAGUGUCAGGCAAGAUAAAAGAGUGUUACUUGAACAUGAUAAUGAUACAAUAAAAAGUACAGAUAUUGAAUAUAUCCCUGAAAACUGCAACCAAGCAGGUAACAAUUGUGAAGAAUCAAAUACAAAUAUCAAAACUUUCAUUGUUGCUGAUGGUCAAGUCAAUAUUUGUAAGAAUAAUGAAGCUGAGUCACUUGAUGAAGCUGGACUGUCCUGGAAACCAAAGCCAGAUUCGCAGUUGUAUACUGGCAGAAGGAAAAGCAGGAUCAAUUUUAGACUAAAGGAAAGUUGGCAUGGAGAUAAGGUCAGUAAUUUAGGCACAAAGACUGGAAAGUAUCUUCUGAAUGGCAAGAUAACUAAAACAAUGAAGACUUACGAGAAGCAAGGAUCAGAUUUUAAUUGUUUGACAAAGCAUAGGCUUAAAGAUACUGCUAAAGAAUUGCCAGAAUGUGUUAAUGAAGAAGAACAUUCAAGGAAACUAGAUCCUGUCACUUUAAAGGAAGAAAUUGUUGUCAGUGACAGAAGUUUUGGAAAAUAUCAUCAAAAAAGGGAAUUUUGGAUAAGAAAAGAUAAAGUAUUGCAUAAUGUGAAGAAUUCUGGAAAAGAUACUAAUACGGAAACAGAGAAUGUAGUUGAAGAAGUAAAGGCAUGUGAUAAUGUAUCAAGCGGGAGCAAACCAUAUCAGAUGGACAAACAUUCUAUUACAAAAGAGAAAACCAAAGAUACUGAAAUAGCCAAAAUUGCUGAAAUAGACAUAAAUGAAGAAAAAGAUGAUUGUUUGAUGGAUGAAAACAUACAGACAAUAAUACCGUCAAAAAUGAUGUUCAUGCCCACUCCUACAACUGUUCGAUUGUUGGGAAAGCAAAUAAAAGAACUAAUGAGAACUAGAGGUCAAAUAAAAUAUUCCAAAAGAGCAGAGAAUAGAACAACUAUUUUAUCAGAUGGUUCCCACAACCUUUAUACUUUUGAUGAUGAAGCUGAAGAUCACCAUACAAACGCUAGUGAUUGGAGUUGCAGGAGAAUGCCAUCAUCGAAACCUAAAGAUAGUGUGCUGCAGAAACAAUUGCAAGAGUUUGAAACAUUGGACAACAGACUUGGAUCUAGUGAAAAUGUUAGGGAUAAGAUAUGUGAUAAGAUUGAGGAAAAUUACGAUAACGGAAGAGAUAAACGGUUAAUAGAUUUGGUGGAAACAAAAGCAGGCAGUGGUUUUGUAGGUGAGGAAGCUUCUGUUGCACAGGAAAGGAUUGACAUAGAAAAUACAGCUACACCUUUAAGCUCAGAAAAUCUUGCCUACAAGUCUGAAAGUGUCUUGAGUAAAGAAGCUAAGGACCUAAAAAGAAAGUACUAUAGAAGAAAUCGCAUGAAAGUGUUCAGGACAAUAAAUGGUGUGCAAAAGAUUUCAGAAAGAUGCCCUUGUAAAUUUUGUGGUGAAUUGUUUUCAAGCAGCUAUGUAAGAUUUCAUGAACACAAGCAUGCUACUUUAGGACAGCAGAAAGUAUUAUGUAGACCAAGUACAAGUAAAGAAAUAGUUGCUGAUAAAGGCUUUACAAGAAAGUCAAAAAAAGCAAAGAUUAUUACAAGUACUUUGUCACAACAUACCUGCAUUGGUGAAGAAACAACUAAAGGACAUUUUGUUGAAACAGAUACUAACAAAAUGGAAUCAACUUUUGAAAUUAAAGAAAAUUUGCAGGACAAACACAGUGAAAUUCAUGACAAUGGAAAAGGAGGAUCAGGAAAUUUAGGGGAAAUUGUGACCGCCAGUGUUUUAGGAGUUGAUGAAGCUUCUAGCAGUCAAAUAAAGGUUAACAGCAUAGUGGAUACAGCUGCACCUAUCAGGUUAAAAAAUCCUAAAAAGUCAGAAAGUGUCUCUGGUAAAGAAAUUAAGGAUAUAAAAAGGAAGUACUACAGAAGAAAUCCUAUCAAAUUGUACAGAACAAUGAAUGGUGUUCAAAAAAUUUCAAAUAGAUGCCCUUGUAAAUAUUGUGGUGAAUUGUUUUCAAGCAAUUAUGUUAGAUGUCAUGAACACAAGCAUUGUGCAGAAGGACAGCAGAAAGUAUUAUGUAGAGGGAACAAAAAUAAAGAAGAUGCUGCAAUCAAUGACUUUAAAGGUACAGAAAAAAUGAAGACAUAUAAGGGAUUGACAAGAAAAUCAAGAGAUAAAAAGAGCAAAGCAAAAACUUUGUUACAAGAUGCCACUGGUGGUGAUGCAGAUCAAACUAAAGACAAGAAUAAAAAUGUGAUUGAAUUUAGAAAAGUGUCACUAGAGGAUAGAAAUAAUGUCAUGCUGCAAGCAAAUGGACAUGGUGUUAAGACAGAUAACAACAAAAUAGAAUCAACUGAAAACAUUGGAGAAAAGGUGAAAGACAAAAAAAGAGGAAAAAGUGAUUGUGGGAAGGGUAUAUCUAAAGCAUUUGGGAAAAUAAUUGAAGGGGUGGAACUGAAAGAUGAUGAAGCUCCUAACAUCAAGAUUAAAAUGAACAACAUGUAUGAUGUAACUGCACCUUUAAGUCCAGAAAAUCCUACUAGUUAUUCAGAAAGUGUCUUAGGUAAAGAUGUCAGGAUUUUGAAAAGGAAAUAUAUCAGAAGAAAUCCGAUUAAAGUGUGCAGAACAAUAAAUGGUGUACAAAAGAUCUCAAAGAGAUAUCCUUGCAGAUAUUGUGGUGAAUUGUUUUCAUGGAGCUAUGUAAGAUUUCAUGAACAUAAGCAUGGUACUGGAGGGCAGCAGAAAGUUUUAUGUAGGAGAAAAAGAUGUGAAAAUAUAGCAGAGACUGAUGACAUGGCUAGUAAAAAAAUUCUUAAGAGAUAUAAAAGCUUAGGAAAUAAAUCAAGAGGCACAAAGAAUACAUUAAAUACUUUGUCGCAAGGAGCAAAUGAUAUAAAACGUGUUGAAGAUGAAACUAAAGACAACUAUACAAAUAUGACAGGAUUGACAAUGUCUUAUGAGAGAGGAAUGUCACUAGAAGAUAAAGAUGAUGCCAUGUUACUGACAAAGGGACACUGUGUUGAGGCAGAUAGCAACAAAAAAGAAUCAACCGUUAAUAUUGGUGAAAAGUUGCAAGAUGGAAAUGGGGAAAAUAGUGAGAAUGAGAAAAGUAGACCCAGAAAGUUACAGAAAGCAAUUGCAGGCAGUGCUUUGGAAGAUAAUAAUUCUUUUAAAAUUCAAAAGGAGAUAAAUGGUGUACAUAAUGCAGCUAAAUCAGCAAGUCCAGAAAAUCUUACUAAUAAUUCAGAAAAUGCCUUAGGUAAAGAAGUCAGGAUUUCCAAAAGGAAAUACUACAGAAGACAUCCAAUUAAAGUCUUCAAGACAAAAAAUGGUGUACAAACGAUUGCAAAAAGAUAUCCUUGUAAAUUUUGUGGUGAAUUGUUUUCAAGCAACUAUGUUAGACAUCAUGAAAAUAAGCAUGGUACAGAUGGACAGCAGAAAGUAUUAUGUAGACAAAACACAAGUGAAAACGUAACCUCGGCCAUUGCAUUUAGAGAUCGACAAAUAUUGAAGACAUAUAAAGGCUUGAUAAGAAAAUCAAAAGAAGAAAAGAAUAAAAUAAGUAUUUUGUCAGGAGGUGUUAAAGAUGAAACAAAAGACAAGUAUACAAAUUUGACCAAAUGGAAAAUGAUUUACAAAAGAGAAGAAUCACAGGAAGAUAAAGAUAAUGGCAUGUUGCAGGCAAAAGGACUUAGUGUUGAAGGAGAUAAUAUUGGAGAAAAGGUGCAAGACAAAAAUGACGAAAUUUAUGCGAGUUGGAAGAGUAUACCUGAAGAUUUAGGGAAAACAACUGCAAGCAGAGAAAUAGAAGAUGUUCAAGCUUCUAACAACCAGGAAAAGAUUAAAAACAUACAGAACACAGCUAUACCAAAUCCUGUAAAUGAUUCAGAAAGUGCCAUAGGUAGAAAUGUCAAGAAUUUAAAAAGGAAAUAUAUAAGAAGAAAUCCUAUUAAAGUGUACAGAACAAUAAAUGGUGAACAAAAGAUCUCAAAGAGGUAUCCUUGUAGAUAUUGUGGUGAAUUAUUUUCAUGGAGCUAUGUAAGAUUUCAUGAACACAAGCAUGGGACUGGAGGGCAGCAGAAAGUUUUAUGUAGGAGAAAGAGAUGUGAAAAUAUAGCAGAGACUGAUGACAUGGCUAGUAAACAAAUACUAAAGACAUAUAAAAACCUGAGGGAAAAAAGAAGAGCCACAAAGAGGAAAGCUUGUACAUUAUCACAAAGUAGCACUGUUGUAGAUGGAACAGCAGAUCAAUGUCAUUGGACCAAACAGAAAAUGAGUCCAAGUGAUUUGGAGCCUAUGACUCAUAAUGACAUGGUGUGCCCUAAAGAACAUGUUGCUGAAACAGGCAGCAAGAGGGAACCUGAAGAAGUUAUUGAAGAUACAAUGCUGGAGAUGAGUGACGAAGCUAGUGAGAAUGGAAAAUUCAAACAUAAAGAACCAGUGAAAACACUGACAGGCAGUACUUUUGAAGAGGGUAAAGUUUCGAUGAAGAAUGAUAGAUUUAAGAACAUAGGGUCAUCUUUAGAAAACCAAACAAACUAUAAAUAUAGAGCCUUGGGUAAAGAAAUAAAGGAUUCAAAAAGGAAGUACUACAGGAGAAAACCUGUUAAGGUGUACAAUACAAUAAAUGGUAUACAAAUGAUUUCAAAGAGAUAUCCUUGCCGAUAUUGUGGAGAGUUGUUUUCAUUGAGCUACAUUAGAUUUCAUGAACAUAAGCACGGAACUGGGGGACAAAAGAAAGUAUUUUGUAGACGAAAAAGACACCAGAAAAUAGCAGAGGCAGAUGACUUAGCAGGUAAUUGA